GAGAGAGAGAAUCAAAGAUAUACAUACAAGUAGUAGAAAUUUGAAGUGGGAGUUACAACUAGAACUACCAGAAGUAGAAGAGGAAGAAGAAGAAACAGUGGCACCCAUUACAACAGUUUUCACUCAUUUCCCUUCCCUUUUCUCCUCUCUCUCUCUCUCUCUCUCUCCAAAUUUUCACAACCCAACAGAACCCACUGAGAGGAAACUAAUCAUGAUGAAACACCCUCUGCACCCAACACUUCCCAAAAGCAUUUCUCACCCUCGUCAAAACCUUCCCUCCCUUAAAUUUACCCCUCUUCACACUACCCAUCUCUCACCCAAAAAACCAUGAACCAAUUCACCUCCUACCCUUCUUCUUCUUCUUUCCCUCUCUAUCUCACCGCAUUCUCACUAAUCUUCUUUCUCAACAUAUCCCUAUCCUCCACCACCACCACCACCACCACCACCACCCCCCUCCAACUCCUCUCUCUCCUCUCUCUAAAAUCCAUCCUCAAGGACCCCCUCAACACCUUCCAUGACUGGGACCCCACACCCACCUUCUCAAAACCUGGUAGCUUCCAACCCGUCUGGUGCUCCUGGUCCGGCAUCAAGUGCGACAGAAAGGCCUCCCAAGUCAUUUCCCUCAACCUCUCCAGGCGCAACCUCUCCGGCCGAAUCCCGCCUGAAAUCAGCUACCUCGCCCACUUACACCACCUCAAUUUGAGCUCGAAUUCCUUCGACGGCCCCCUUCCCGCCGCCGUCUUCGACCUCGCUUACCUCAGAACUCUCGACAUUAGCCACAACAAUUUCAAUUCCACCUUCCCACUCGGUAUCUCAAACCUCAAUUUCCUCACAGUUCUCAAUGCUUACAGCAACAGCUUCACCGGUCCCCUGCCGGUGGAGAUCACCCGCCUCCCCUCCCUCGAGUACCUCAACCUCGGAGGAAGCUACUUCGAGGGAGAAAUCCCGGCUAGUUACGGAAACUUUCAGAAUUUAAGUUUUCUGCACCUAGCCGGGAACCUUCUAACCGGUUUUAUCCCGCCCAAGCUGGGUUCGUUAACCCAGCUCGAGCGGUUAGAGAUUGGUUACAACGUGUUCGUCGGCGGGAUUCCACCAGAGUUCGGAAAAUUAUCCAAUUUAAAAUACAUGGACGUCUCCACCGCUAAUCUCUCAGGCGAGAUCACCCCUCAACUCUCCGACCUCACCAAGCUCGAAUCGCUGUUGCUGUUUAAAAACGGCUUCACCGGCCAAAUUCCGCCGAGUUUUGAAAAACUGACGGCGCUAAAGUCUCUUGAUCUGUCCGACAACUUCAUUUCCGGGCCUAUCCCUCACGGAAUCUCUGAUUUGAAAGAGCUAACCGUCUUGAGCCUAAUGAACAACAAACUAAGCGGCGAUAUACCGGACGGAAUCGGGGAGCUUCCCGACCUCGAAUUGCUGUCCCUCUGGAAUAACUCUCUCACCGGAAUAUUGCCUCAGCGGUUAGGGUCGAACCGAAAUCUGCAGAAACUCGACGUGUCGUCGAACUCGCUCUCCGGUCCCGUGCCUCCCAAUCUCUGCCUUGGAAACAAGCUGGUCAAACUCAUUCUGUUUGGGAAUAAUUUCAUCGGCGAGCUUCCUCCUUCGCUUGCGAAUUGCUCGACCUUAUCCCGGUUCAGAAUCCAAGACAAUAGAUUAAACGGCUCUAUCCCGUUUGGAUUCGGCUCUUUGUUUAAUCUGACGUUCAUGGACUUGAGCAAGAACAACUUCAGCGGAGGAAUCCCGAGGGAUUUCGGCAAUGCGGCCGUGUUAGAGUACUUGAACAUAUCGGAGAACUCGUUCGACACGAGUUUGCCCGAUAACAUAUGGAGUUCGCCGAACCUGCAGAUAUUUUCGGCGAAAUCGUCGAGGCUCAAGGGCAAAAUCCCGGAUUUUAUGGGGUGUAGAAGCUUGUACAAGAUCGAGUUAGAAGGAAACGAUCUCGACGGGAGCAUUCCUUGGGACGUCGAUCACUGUGAGAAGCUUAUUUGCUUGAAUUUGCGUGGCAAUUCGCUUACCGGUAUUAUUCCGUGGGAGAUCUCGACGUUGCCGUCGAUCACCGACGUUGAUUUGUCGCGGAACAACCUGACCGGGGAGAUCCCUUCGAGUUUUAACAACUGUACCACCCUGGAGAGUUUCAAUGUGUCUUACAAUCAGCUAACCGGACCGAUUCCUUCGUCGGGGACGAUAUUCCCCAACCUCCAUCCAACGUCAUUUAUCGGGAAUGCCGGUCUCUGCGGUAGAAUUCUACAGAAACCGUGCGGAGGCGAGGGGGUCGCGGCCGGAGCGGUGGAGGUCCGGCCGCGGCCGAAAAGGACCGCCGGCGCGAUCGUGUGGAUCAUGGCGGCGGCGUUCGGGAUCGGGCUGUUCGUGCUUAUUGCUGGUAGCAAGUGUUUCCACGCAAGCUACAGCCGUCGAUUUUCUACAAGCGAUACUCAUGAGAUCGGGCCGUGGAAACUAACCGCCUUUCAGCGGUUGAAUUUCACGGCAGACGAUGUGUUGGAGUGCCUAUCGAUGACCGAUAAGAUCAUCGGUAUGGGGUCUACUGGGACUGUGUACAAGGCGGAGAUGCCAGGUGGCGAAAUCAUAGCAGUGAAGAAGCUAUGGGGAAAGCACAAGGAAACAAUCAGGAGAAGACGAGGGGUGCUCGCCGAGGUGGAUGUGCUGGGGAACGUGAGGCACCGGAACAUCGUGAGGCUGUUAGGGUGCUGCAGCAACAACGAGUGCACAAUGCUGCUUUACGAGUACAUGCCCAACGGAAGCCUAGACGACUUAUUGCACGAAAAAAACAAGGGUGAGAAUUUGGUGGCCGAUUGGCUUACCCGGUACAAGAUAGCGUUAGGGGUGGCUCAAGGGAUUUGUUAUUUACACCAUGAUUGUGAUCCGGUGAUAGUGCACCGUGAUUUGAAACCGAGCAAUAUUCUCCUUGACGGGGAGAUGGAGGCGCGGGUGGCCGAUUUCGGGGUAGCCAAGUUGAUCGAGUGCGAUGAGUCGAUGUCCGUCAUUGCCGGGUCCUACGGCUACAUUGCCCCAGAAUAUGCUUACACAUUACAAGUUGAUGAGAAGAGCGACAUCUACAGCUUCGGGGUGGUUUUGAUGGAGAUUCUGACCGGCAAGAGAUCGGUGGAUUCGGAGUUUGGCGAAGGCAACAGUAUCGUCGAUUGGGUGAGGACCAAAAUCAAGGCGAAGAACGGACUUAUCGACGUGCUGGACAAGAACGCCGGGGCGUCGUGCGCGUCGGUGAGAGAGGAAAUGAUGCUGGUGCUGAGGGUUGCAUUGAUCUGCACCAGCCGGAACCCUGCCGAUCGGCCCUCGAUGAGGGACGUGGUGUCGAUGUUGCAAGAGGCCAAGCCCAAGCGGAAGUCGCCCGAGAUGGGACGAGGUGGUGGUGACGCUCCGGUGGCUCAGAAACCGAUUGUCGAAUGUUAAUAAUAUGGUUUUACUUCUUCUUCUUUUUUGUCCUUUUAGUGUUUUUUGUCUUUUCUUCUUCAAAUUGGGGGGGAUUGGUAUAGGAGAAGUGAGUUGUUUUCCGUUUUAAGUUGCAAUGCUUCCUAUUAUGUGCAAUAUUGGGUUGUGCUCAUUAAAAAUUGGUGCUUUUGUUUCCAUAUAUAACUAUGAGAUUAAGGUUGCUAUUA